CCUUGGCCCCCAACUCUACAGGACAAGUACCAUCAGCACGAUGGGGGCCACGAACUAUUACUCUGAGACUGCUGAGCUAUUGAGUACAUUCAACGUCUCAAAUAUAGAUGCAGUAAAAGGUAUAAAGACAACAUUCUAUCAAGAUCUUAUCUCUACUCUACUUCCACAUCCUACAAAAUGAAGUUCACCACUACCAUCCUCGCCGCACUUUUCUCUCUAAUUGCCGUCUCUGCGGCAAGCCCUACUGGCUUCACCCCUGUCGACAAUGUCCUUGAAACUCGCAAGGGCUGCAGUGGUGACCGUACCGAGGACGACGUCUGCGGUGGCAAGAAGCUUCAGAUUCAGAACUCGUUCCACAACUGCAAGAACUCUGGCGGCAAGUGCUGUGCAACAAACUCGGAUGGCAGUGGUGGUAUCGACGUCAAGAACGGAAUCGGUCGCGAGGACUGCGGAUACUGCUUCAGCGGCAAGUGCAGUUAAAUUAGAGGAUUAGAAGGAUAGUUUUGGUGCUAUGGGGAUAAAAAGGAACAUAAGGGGAGAAAGAAAAAUAAAUGUAUUUGUAGUUCGCAAUUAGAAUGUCUUUUUCAUUUCUAUUUUUGAGAAGCUUAAGCUGUCCGCACACAUUUAUCCCGCCCGCAAACAAUCAAGUAGGUACCUAACUAACACGUACUUGAGCGGAGUAGUACUGUAAACUACAACAGAGAGGAGCUACCUCCAGCAAGACAUUUCC